AGGCUGCUGUGUACAAUGCGCAUGCUCAGUUUCAUUCUUCUUGGCUACUUCAGACUGUCGAUGUGGCUGUGGAGCUUUUUAACCCGAGUAUUUAUGAGUUCAGCACUAAAUAAAGUCGUCAUGGAAGUUUUAUCUUUAUGUGUAUUUUUUAUGUUGAGCUUUGCAGUAGCGGAACAGGAAGAAAGGCUUCCAAAUAAAUGUGAAGUGUGCAAGUUUUUGACAGUAGAGCUGCAGGUGGCUUUGGAAAAGAGCGGCCGCUCCAAAGAGGUCCUGGAAAUCGGAGAAGUGCUGGACACUGGAAAACGCAAGCGCAAAAUUAAGUACAACACCUCGGAAACGAGAUUAACAGAAGCUGUGGACAAUAUCUGUGAGGGAAUACUGCAGUACAGUGUUCAUGCUGAGAGACCUGGGAGCCUUCGAUAUGCCAAGGGCACCAGUCAGACCAUGAACACACUGAAGAACUUGGUUAAUAAGGGGGUGAAGGUGGAGCUAGGUAUCCCCUAUGAGCUGUGGGAUGAGCCGUCCGUGGAGGUGGCAGACAUGAAGAAACAGUGUGAGACCAUGUUGGAGGAAUAUGAGGAGGUGGUAGAGGACUGGUACUUCAAUCACCAGGAGGAAAGACUGGAGAAAUUCCUGUGCGAAGCUCAUGUCUUGAAAAAUUCAGAGACAGAAUGUCUAAAAGAGGUGUGGAAAGGAGACUUGGGUGUGAAGGGAUCAACUGUAGAGUCGGAAAGCGAGCGAGAAGAAGAUGGUCAAACACACGACGCAGGAGAACUCUAAAAGCAGAAACAUGGCUGACAAACUGCAACAGCUGGACUUUUCAGUCUUCCUUAUAGAAUGCCUCCUGAGAAAGAAGAGUCAUCCCUAAACACCAGUGAACUGGGAGAAGUGUUUACAGGAACUUUAUGUACGCUGGUACUAGACAACACUACAGCGCAUAAUGAUUUACGUGCAGAAAAAAGCAGCCACCUGAAAAAGAGACAGUGACAGUGUUAUAGCCAGUAAAGUGCUGUACCUCACUGUCUCCACUCUUUUGUAAAGCAAGGACUUUUCUUUAUAAAAUGUUUAUUAUGCAAUGCUGCCAGUAACGAAGUCACUCCAUAGUGCCUUUAUGUUAUAUACUGCCUCAGUGUUAUGUUCAAGAUCUGAACACACACAAGCCAUAAUGAGGGUUUGUAUUUUUCUCAGUGUUCAGUUGAAUUACGUGUAUUUUAUGGUUUUGAAUAAAGUAUUUUAUAGUUGCAUUGUA